AUGUCUGCUGAAGGAAGCAUCAUGGAUGCCUACUUUCGGGCGCCUCCCAUCUCAAGGUCCCUGGCUACUGCUGCUUUUACCCUCUCCAUCGCUAUCUACAUGGGCGUCGUCUCGGGUGGUCCGUUCAUCUUCGCGCCGUACUAUAUAUUCAAAUUUCCACCGGAGAUAUGGCGCUUCGUGACGGCCUUUCUCAUCACUGGUCCUAAUAUGGGCCUGCUGUUUGACUCAUACUUUCUCUACCAGUAUCUCAGCCAGCUCGAGGUUGGAAACCCAAGGUUUCCCCGCAAGGAGGACUUUGUCUGGUACCUCAUGUUUGUCAGCGGCGUCAUCGUGACAAUCAACUACAUAUUUAGUCUCCCGUUUGUAAUGUUUCUGCCCGCCCUCGUCGUGGCCUUGUGCUACACUGCCACUCAGGACCAAAGGGGCAUGAAGACCAACUUCUACUUUAUCUCCAUCCCUGCGCAGUUGACGCCCUACUGCAUGAUCCUCAUCAAUCUCGUCUUCCCCGGCGCUGCUAUGACCAUGCUUCUCCAGGUACAGGGUCUCCUGGCCGCCCACCUAUUCAAUUUCCUCACCAAUAUAUGGCCCCAGUUCGGCGGCACAGGGAAGAGCCUCCUCCCCACCCCUCCCUUCCUCACCAAGGUGGUCGAUAGCGUUCGUGGAGCUAGCGAGACUAUCGGAGGCGUAGCGUCGAGAGCUGUCUCUGGCGAGUCAGCAGCCCGGUCGACUGGGCAGGCCACUGGGGCUUUUUCAGGGCCGCUGCCCGCUUCGUGGCGCUCAAGAGGGCCUGGCCGUCGCCUGGGCUGA